AUGCAGUUCUCCAUCGCCAUCAGCACCAUCCUUUCGGCCAUGGCCGUCCAAACAGCCCUCGCAGCUAGUUGCCACGUCGAUAGGGAACAGCAGAACUGCUGCUGGGGCAAGGGGAACGAUUCCUGCCAGGCCCAGAACCCCAAUAACGAGAUCUGGUGCCUCAGAGACAAGAAGAACUACUGUAGCAAUGUCAUGAAGCAAGGAACCAGCACUCCGGUCUCCGCAAGCUGCGAUGCCGAUUGCUGUGACACCGUCACCGGAUGGGGGAUCGCCUGUCCCAAGUAA